AAAUCGGCGCGUGGUAUCGCCAACAACUUCACGCCACAGGUGGUUGUAAAUUUGCAAUUGAAUUGAACGCAAAAUCAAAAUUUGACUCACUUAAAAAGAAAAAGAAAAAGGUCCUCUCUCUCUCCCUCCGGUCUACGUCGUUUCGUUCUCCAUCUCUCUUUUCGCUCUUUUGAGUUGGUUUGAUAAGAAUGUCUUCUUCCGGCUUAAGCGGAGAAGGAGGAGGAGGAGGAGGAGGAGGAGACACAGCAACGGCGGCUCAACCUCAACUGUUCUUCUGCCACGAAUGCAACCAUACGGUGACCUUAACCCCUUCACCUACCUCCGAUCUCACCUGCCCUACUUGCCAUGGUGGGUUUCUUGAAGAACUGGAAAACCCUAACCCUAAUCCUCAUCCUUUUUUCCAAAAUCCCUUUCUUUAUUCUUCUUCUUCUUCCGACCUUCCUGCACCAGGCGCGCUUCCCCUAUUAUUCUCCUCCUCCUCCUCCUCUUCUUCCGCCUCCCCAAUCUUCAAUGAUCUCUCCGCCCUCUUCGGACCCCACCCUCACCCCCACGCCGGUUUGGCUCCCACUCGCUCAUCUCCCUCUCCCUCUCCCUCUCCUUUCGACGACCCUGAUGCUUUCAACCCCUUUGUUUUCCUUCAGAACUACCUCCAAAACCUAGGUGGCAACGUUGAGGUCGUCAUUAAUUCUGGAGGCGGUGACUCUCCCUUCCGUGCCGGUAUGGGUAUUGGCGGCUCCCCUAAUGUCAAUCUCGGCGACUAUUUCUUCGGCCCGGGACUCGAGCAGUUGAUCCAACAGCUGGCUGAGAACGACCCUAACCGAUACGGUACACCCCCGGCAUCCAAAUCGGCUGUCCAGACAUUGCCGGAUAUUAAGAUUUCUCAGGAUUUGUUGGCUUCGGAUUCAUCUCAGUGUGCCGUCUGCAAGGACUCCUUCGAGCUCCGCGAGGAGGCCAAGCAGAUGCCAUGUAAGCACAUUUACCAUGCUGACUGUAUUCUGCCUUGGUUGGAAUUGCAUAAUUCUUGUCCUGUGUGUCGGUAUGAGUUGCCCACCGAUGAUCCUGAUUACGAGCAGAGGAAUCGUGGUGUUGCCACUGCCAGGCCGGUGUCUGCCGGUGCCGGCAAUCAGGCUCAGACUCAGACUGGUUCAACUUGGGGUGCUGCAGCAGGUGGGAAUAUUGGUGGUUCUGCUUCUGCUGCCACUGGCAUUGCUAGUGGAAUUCAGAAUCAGACUGGGAGCUCUGGAGAAAACCCACCAACCCCAAGGACUAUGGAGAGGAGAUUUAGGAUCUCAUUGCCCUUUCCAUGGCCAUUUGGUAGGACACCGGCGUCACCUGCAGAGACCAGCAAUAGUGGGAGUGGCACUGGCAACAACAGUGGAAGCAAUGAUGGGGAAGGGAACUCGGGAAAUAGAGGAAAUAACAACUUCCAAUCAGAGACCAGACAGGAAGAUCUUGAUUGAGGACCAAUGCAAAUGCUCUUGUCGUAAGCACGUAUGAAGACUCGUCUGAAUCUGCAAGCAUUGAACAUAGAAAAGAUCUUACAUGUUAAUGAUUAGUGAGAGUUGCAUUUAAGUAUUUUGUCAUAAUAAUCAUAGGUAAAUGCCCAUCUCCAAUUUCAUGUUUUGAAUUCUUUAUAGAUUUCAUUAUUUUACGAGAAUUAUUGUGCAUUGUAAAAUUUUACCAUUUGGGGACCAAUCUAUACUUUUUGGAAUGUUAUUUUUCAUCAAACCCUUUUUCA